AUGGUUCCAGACUUCCGGGAGGGCGUGUCUGGCCGGGUGAAGGGGCGUAGGCUUGUUAAAUUGGAUACACACUGGGCAUCACCUGCGCAUGUAAGCAGUAGUGACAGAGUAGGCAAGCCUUACCGUGGUGUGAAGCCUGUUUUCAGCAUUGCGGAUGAAGAAGAGUACGACACAGAUGAAAUUGAUAGUUCUUCAAUGUCAGAUGAUGAUCGAAAAGAGGUUGUAAACAUUCAGACUUGGAUAAGCAAGCCAGACAUCAAGCAUCAUUUUCCUUGUAAAGAAGUGAAAGAAAAUGGACACAUGUUUCCUAGCUGCAUGCUCUUGUACCUUGACAGUAUUGAGAGACUUAUCUUCCAGCUCGCAACUUUCCGCUUGGCCCUCAUCCAGCUUCAAGUUUCUUCCAUCAAAUCAGAUAACCUCACACGAGCUUGUAGCCUUGUCCGUGAGGCAGCAGCGAAAGGAGCCAAAAUUGUGUCACUACCAGAAUGUUUUAAUUCUCCGUAUGGCACGAAAUAUUUUCCUGAGUAUGCAGAGAAAAUUCCUGGUGAAUCCACACAGAAGCUUUCUGAAGUAGCAAAGGAAUGCAGCAUAUAUCUCAUUGGAGGUUCCAUUCCUGAAGCAGAUGCUGGGAAAUUAUAUAACACAUGUCCAGUGUUUGGGCCUGAUGGAAAUUUACUGGUGAAGCACAGAAAGAUUCAUCUGUUUGACAUUGAUGUUCCAGGAAAAAUUACAUUUCAAGAGUCGAAAACAUUGAGUCCUGGUGAUAGUUUCUCCACAUUUGAUACUCCUUACUGCAGAGUGGGCCUGGGCAUCUGCUACGACAUCCGCUUUGCAGAGCUUGCACAAGUCUAUGCACAGAAAGGUUGUCAACUGUUAAUAUAUCCUGGUGCUUUUAAUUUAACCACUGGACCAGCACAUUGGGAAUUGCUUCAGCGAGGCCGGGCUGUUGAUAAUCAGGUAUAUGUGGCCACAGCAUCUCCUGCCCGGGAUGACAAUGCCUCCUACGUUGCCUGGGGACACAGUACUGUUGUGAAUCCCUGGGGGGAGGUCCUAGCCAAAGCUGGCACUGAAGAAACGAUCGUGUAUUCAGACAUUGAUCUGAAGAAGCUGGUUGAAAUACGCCAGCAAAUCCCCAUUUUUAGCCAGAAGCGAUCUGACCUCUAUGCAGUAGAGACAAAAAAGCUCUAAAGAUUAGUUUUCAACAUGUCACGGAACAAGAUAAGAUUUUGCAGCAUAAUCAACUCCCUGAUGAAUUUUUUAAUGGAGA